CAAAAGCUCAAAUAGUAUCUCGAGGGGAAAGGAAAUUCAACUUUGAAAGUGCCCUCAAAAACUUUCUCUCCUUUCUUCAAAUGAAAAACCAUUGAUAAUUUAGCCUGCUUCAGUAAAAAUCAGCUAAAUUCCAAGAAGGUUUUCGUGGAUUCCUUCCAAAACUGCUUGAGAUCGCUUUAAUUUUUGUUUCUGGCUAAUGCUCUCGUGAGAAAUGGGCUCGAACUAUCCGCCUCCAAAUAACAACUAUCCGCCUCCGAACAACUAUCCGCCAAACAGCAACUACAAUUCGAACAAUCGAUACGGGCAACAGCCGCCUCCUUAUCCACAACAAGGAAACACUCCCUAUCCCGCCGGACAACCUCCGCCGUCGUAUCAACCGUACCCGCCGGUUGCUCCGGGUCCCGAUGGAACAACUGCUGUCAGAGAAGGCUACACUAACAGGCCCAUCGUCAUUUACCCAGCUGCGCAAGAUGUUCGUCAGGAAGGACCCGUGUAUCAACAAGGUGAUAUGCGCGAUCAGGGCUUUGAAGAAGACCAAAGAGAUCCAUUCGCCCCAUCCUUCAUGGACAAAAAAAUAAGGCAACGUUUUGUUGCCAAGACUGUUGCAGUGUCUUGCCUCGGAGCAACGAUUUGCGCAUUGUACUCCAUCAAGUCGGUGCUGAUUGCCGCAGCUUCAACUUGUCUGGUGGUUUUCGUCAUUUGCAUAGUAUCAUUGCUGAAGUUGGUCGAUAUUACCAAAUGUGCUGGAAUACUGAUGAUCCUCGGCUUCAUCCUCUUGCUGUAUUUGUUGGUGAUGAUCCUAACUUCUAUGUUCGUAUCACCGGAGGUAUUGCGGGUCAUGGAACUGGUUUAUGCUGCUCUGGCUACUGUUCUAAUUUCUCUG